AUGAAAACUGAACGGACCAGUGGAUACAGUGGCAUUCCGACCACUUCAAAAUGCUUAGUUUGUGAGCAUCCCGAUGGAGGCUCCGCCCACUUUGGAAGUACUUCGUGUCUCGCGUGUGCGGCAUUCUUUCGACGCACCGUCUCGCUGAAUAUUCACUUUAUGUGCAAAAAGGACAAAAUGUGCAUUAUUUUUCAUGAACUUCGAAUGAUAUGUCGAGCGUGUCGAUUCGACAAGUGCGUCAAAGCGGGUAUGCGACGAGAAUGUGUCCAGAAAAGGAGGUCAAAUAAGAAGGUGCCAAAGAAGCAUAUGCUGCGAGAAGCGGAAAUAAAAAUGGAAAUUGUGGACGAUUUCAAAUAUGAGUGUCCUGGCGACCAGACUGAUGAUAACUCGCCGCUAUCAGUGGAGAAGAAGUCACCGCCCGAGUUUGUGCCCCUGGAUAGUCCUGGAAUGACUGAGUUUAAGUACGACAUCCCCUCCACAAGCACAUCAAUACCACAGCCCGAGAGAACGCCCUCCCGACAAUCCAACGAGCCCGAAACGUCGAAAAUUCUGAAUAUGAACGGCGAGGAAGUGCUUCGAUAUUAUGUAGACCAGCUGAAAAGUUCAAUGGACAGGAGACGGAUGAUUUUCACUGAUGAUGCACUAUUAGCAGUCGUAGAAGAACGGGGAGAUAUGCCAUUCGACGCCACAGAACCACCACCACAUUCACUGAAGCGACAAUACGAAUCUCAACGUUUCGAUAAUCUUUUGGCCUUUGAUUUUUGCAAAUCCUGCCCCGGAUUUGACUUAAUGGAUCGAGAAGAGCGCGCGAUUUUCUAUAGAGCUUGCUCGCUGGCCUACUGCCUUUUGGAUAUCGCAUGGAUUACGGUACAGGCGUAUCCCGAGGAGCGGCAUGAGCCAUUUAUGAUGUAUACCGAUGGAAGUGUUUGUAGCAUUAAUGAUAUGUCGUAUGGAUGGGAGGAUGAGGAGGAAAUUGCAGCGCAUGAGAAGAAAAAACUGUUCCUUGGCUUCAUUCAACGCUUCCACGACGCCAUUUGCACGCCGAUGAGGAAGCUAAAAAUGACGCCAGUCGAGUUUGCGGCCCUGAAAGCGCUGUGUAUAUGGAAAUUGGGUUACUGCGAGUUUACAAACAGUAUGCGAACCAUUGGAAAGGAGCACCAGAAUGCGCUGUUCAGUGGGCUCCGAGUGUAUUAUGAGGAUUUAUACGAGUCACAAGAGGAAAUUGGAGCCAGAUUUGGGAAUUUAAUUUUGCUCCUGGGCACGGUUUUUGAAAUGAACUGCUUGAUAAUGGAGACGUAUAAAUCGGCGGAAGUUUUCCGACUUUUCAAACUCGAUGAGCUGUCGAAAUCGCUGCUGACCCUUUAA